AAAUAUGUUUGAGGAACUACCUGCAUCUUAGUCGUGGUGAAAAUGUCGUGUGAUUUUGAUAUGCAAGAUCCCGUGGAGCAGGCGAUCAACGCAUGCAAGAUGGUUCAGUUUAUGAUUGACUUUACUGCGAAACAGCUCGUGGGACUAAGGACACAAUGUGCUACGACCGAGCAAAUUACCCAGAAGGAAAUAAGAGAUACGGAGAGCAAGCUAGUGAAGCUAUUCAGUGACCAGCUUGUCGCUAAGGCACGCCUGGCAACUGACGUGGUGCCUGAACAACUCGGGGAGUAUCCCAAGACUGACCAAUGGCUGAAAGUGGUGGGCGUGGCAAAGGAUGCAGUAGAGGGCAUCAGGGAAAGGGGGAUAACUCUGGACAGCCUGCUGGAGAUGUCGGAGGCUGAUGUGGCAUCUCUCUUAGCGCGCUAUCAGGCAGAUAGUGAUGAGACUCGCCGACUCAACCUUGCUCUCAAGAAUCUCAAGAACUGCACAGAGAUGCAGUUACAAGGGCAGGAGGAUACAUACGGAGACUGGCAUUUUACCGAUUUGCUUGGCUUGACAUCCAGCAAGUCAGCAUCCAACAGUCCAUGUAACGGGAACUCCCCCAAGUUCCACCAGAGACCCUCAACAACCUCCCUCCCAUCAGAGGGGCUUGUUGGGUCCACCCAAACUGAAAUUCCCACCCCUCCCCAGAGCACUCCUUCUUCCCCUCUCCCCACCAUGCACAUAAAGGAGAAGUACACUCCCCCUCCGACUCCACCCCCUGGUGGCAGAAUGGGGGGCCGGGGCAUGGCCAAGGUUAGAGGUACCCCACCACCUGCUCGCAGUUUGAAGUUGUUUCCAGAUAUUGUGACCAUCACGAAGAGCAAGUCUCACGAGUCCCAGCUUGCCAACAGAGUCAUUGAGAUAGAUCCUAUAAAAUCCAACAAGAAGAAGCCACAGAACUCCCUUGGAGGGAGCCACGAGGCGCUGUACCGACGCCGUCUAUCAACAGAAGGGGGAUCAGAUUCAGGUGCCACCAGCCGCGGGCAGUCAGGACACACGUCACCCGUUGUGUCCUCUCCUAUCCGUUCUCCUCCAUACAAGCAUGAACAGAUACUGCCUGAUGAUUAUGCUAAUAAAUAUUCCAACACUCUGACAGUGCCCAAGUCUCCCAAGACCCCUCUCAACCUGGGGCCCAAGAUGAAGCACCAGAUCAACCAUAGGUUUACUAACACCUUUAAGAUCACGACCUGUGACGUAUGUCAUAAGCAGAUGUUUCUGGGCUAUAAGUGUAAAGACUGCAAGAAAAAAUUCCAUCGUGACUGUGCUAGUAAAGCCCGGCCGACAUGUGGUCUGACUGACGACUAUGUGGAUGCAAUCAUAGGAUUAACAGGCACUGAACCUUUGCCGGACUCCAGCUCCAACACAUCAUCCUGCAACUCUUCAACUCCUUCAUCCCCUGCUCUCAUCUCAUCCGGCACUGUCACUUCACCAUCCCCAGCACCAUCCCCCAACAUCUCAAUACAGUUCCAGUUCCCAGAGGUGCCUGAUAGUAUCACUGCCAGUCUCCCAAUGGACUACACCAUGAGCACUGACCACAGGGCAUAUGAUGACAUCGUCAACACAAAUACUUCCAACGAUAGUGAUAAGACUCUUGUAGAUAGUACCGGUAACCCCAUUGAUAGGACCCUGCUAGACCGAGUAGACUCUAUGGACAGUCAGGAUGAUCUAGGACAUGCGUGGAACAGGCAGAACAGUUUGUCUGUGGCCAUGAAGGAGUGGGACAUCCCAUAUGAAGAGCUCCAGUUCACAGAGUCCAUAGGCAGGGGACGACUAGGCACAGUGUUCAAGGGUCAGUGGCACGGAGACGUGGCCAUCAAAUUAUUAGACAUGGGUAACGAGGCGGACAAUCAGGCACAAUUAGCGGCUUUUAAAUUAGAGAUUGCAUUAUUAAGGAAAACACGUCAUGAAAAUUUAGUUUUAUUUAUGGGAGCUUGUAUGAAGCCUCCAAGACUAGCCAUAGUAACUAGUUUUUGUAAGGGAGAGACACUGUACAGUAUUAUCCACACCAAGAAAGAGGUCUAUAAACUGAAUAAAGCGAUGAUCGCUGCUUCUCAAGUAGCUCAGGGCAUGGGGUACCUUCACGCUAAAGGCAUCGUCCACAAAGAUCUGAGAUCAAAAAAUAUUUUCUUGGACAGUGGUAAAGUGGUCAUCACUGACUUCGGACUGUUUAAUGUAACCAAAAUUUGUAGAGGCAACAGGAAGGAGGACUGGCUGAGAGUGCCCCCAGGAUGGCUGUGUUACCUCGCGCCAGAGAUAAUCCGCGAGCUUCAUGCCAGGCAGAACCCUAAUACCGAACUGCCAUUUACUGUGAGGUCAGACAUAUAUGCAUUCGGAACUGUGUGGUAUGAACUGCUGUGUGGGGAGUGGCCGUUCAGAAACCACCCCGCAGAAACCAUCAUCUGGCAGGUGGGGAGGGGAAUGAAGCAGUCGCUCAGCAGCGUCAACGCCCCCAGGGAAGUCAAGGACAUCCUGAUGUCAUGCUGGCAGUUCAAACACCCCGAGCGUCCCGACUUCAGCCAGGUGGCCAAGGCACUGGAUAGAAUACCAAAGAACCGCCUAAUUCGGAGUCCAUCACACCCGAUACAGUUCUCUCGGAGCACAGAGGGAAUUUUCAGUGCUUGAGCCAGUGUGUUGGAUGUUGAAGUGAUCCAGCCAGCAAGGCGAUGGCCAAGACAAUAUCGGGAUGAUCCUACUGUGAUCCAUAACCCAGGGACCUGACUGUUGAUCCAUUAUUUUAUUGUGUGCAGUGAAUCAUAUGAUCAUUUUCAGGCUUGAUCAUGUGAUCAUUGUACAGUGGGUCAUCUGAUCAUUAUACAAUGACUGAUAUGAUCAUUUUCAGGCUUGAUCAUGUGAUCAUUG